AACACGUUAAAGCGGAGCAUCUCAGCAGCGAUCAUGCGACGGCACUGGACAAGACAAAAGCUUUUGUCUCACAACUCAAUCUUACCGAAAAGAUCAAUAUGAUCACUGGGGCGAUUGGAAUGGACGUUGGAGGGUGCAUUGGACACAUCAAACCCAUUUCUCGCCUCGACUUCACCGGUAUCUGCAUGCUGGACGGUCCACAGGCAAUCAACCGUGCAGACCUCGUUAGUAUUUUCCCUUCCGGGAUUUUGGCCGGUGCAACUUGGGAUGAAGAUCUUAUCUUUGCGCGAGGUAAGGCCAUGGCAGACGAGUUUCGUGGCAAAGGAGCACACGUUCAGCUCGGGCCUGUUGCUGGUCCGCUCGGUCGUCAUGCUCUGGGCGGUCGAAAUUGGGAAGGCUUCUCACCCGACCCAUAUCUUGCUGGAAAAGCGAUGCGUGCAACAGUCCAUGGCAUCCAGUCCGUUGGCGUGCAGGCAUGUUCAAAGCACUACAUAGGUAACGAGCAGGAAACGCAACGAAGCAACACAUUCUCGCCCAAUGGAACAGAGGUUUUGGCCAUAUCAAGUAACAUCGAUGAUCGAACAUUUCACGAGCUCUAUCUCUGGCCGUUCGCUGAUGCUGUCAGGGCUGGGACGGCAGGCGUUAUGUGCAGCUACAACAGGCUCAAUCAGACAUAUGCUUGCGAGAACGAGCACAUACUCCACACCGUUCUGAGAGAUGAACUUGGGUUCCGGGGCUACGUGGUAUCAGAUUGGUUCGCGACCCAUUCGGGCACCCAGUCCAUCAAUGCCGGCUUGGACGUCAACAUGCCUGGCCCUCUCGACGAGCAGGAGACACUAAGCCGUAGCGGUAGAAGUUACUGGGGCGUGGCCAAUGUGACGCAGAUGGUCAAUGAUGGCGCCGUCGCAGAGACUCGUAUCGAUGAGAUGGUGCAUAGGAUCAUGUUGCCCUAUUACUAUCUCAAACAAGACCAGGGCUAUCCCUCAGUUGACCCUUCGCUGAUCCUCAGCUUUGCUGCACAGCAAGGUAUCCAACUGCAAAUACCCAUGAUCCCGAGCCGCGACGUCAGAGCGGAUCAUGCCCAAAUCAUUCGAAAGAUGGGGGCGCAAGGUAUUGUGCUUCUGAAGAACGCGAAUCAGACACUGCCACUCAAGUCGCCGAAGAGCAUUGGUAUCUUUGGCAACGAUGCUGGACCUCCGGUUGACGGACUGGUGUUUGGGGACAGGCCGUUUGCCAUCGGAACUCUGGACAUUGGCGGAGGCUCUGGGACCGGUCGCCACACAUACCUUGUCUCGCCGUUCGAGGCCAUUGCUGCCAGGGCCAAAGAGAUCAACGCCCGUGUGCAAUACAUCAUGGACAACCAAUUCAUUGCUGCCAAUGAUUUCCGAAGCAUCUUCCCCAUGCCAGAAGUUUGUCUCGUCUUCCUGAACACCUUCGCCUCGGAAGGUUGGGACAGAACAAGUUACGAAGCCGACUGGAACUCAACGCUCGUAGUGGACAAUGUGGCACGCCGAUGUCCCAAUACGGUAGUCGUAACCCAUUCAGCCGGGAUUAAUACGCUGCCAUGGGCGCGUCACCCGAAUGUAACCGCGAUCCUUGCUGCGCAUCUGCCAGGCCAGGAGGCGGGUAACUCAAUCGUCGAUGUGCUUUGGGGAACGGAGAACCCUUCGGGGAGGUUACCGUACUCCAUUCCUGUAUUGCAGAGCGACUACGACAUACCGAUUGCCAAUUUGACAGCAAGUGAGGUCACUAAGCCGGAUGCAUGGCAGGCUGACUUUGCUGAGGGCCAGUUCAUUGAUUACCGCCAUUUCGACCACUUCAAUAUCACGCCUCUGUAUGAGUUCGGCUUCGGGCUAAGCUACACCUCGUUCAUACUCGAAGGAUCGAUACAAGUCGAAUCUGUUACUCCAAAUCUCACUGCGAAGCCGGCUGCAGAUUCCGAGGUGCUUCCUGGCGGCAAAAUUGAACUGUGGGAGUCUGUUUUGCGCAUAACAGCGAACGUUAAGAAUACUGGACCUGUGGCCGGCGCAACAGUAUUGCAACUUUACGUAGCAUUUCCCGCGCGAACGACACCGAAGGGAACGCCAGUGCAAGUACUGAGAGGAUUCCGAAAGAUACAUCUACAGCCUAGCAGAGCUGGACUCGCAACCUUUGACGUCUUUCGCAGGGACGUCAGCUUUUGGGACGUAGUAACUCAGACCUGGGUCAUUCCAGCUGGCGAGUUUGAUUUCCGUGUCGGCUUUAGCUCAAGAGAUAUUGUGGGUGUUGUCAGUCAUGCUGUGCUUCCAUGA